AGUUAGAUAUUGUUUUGAAGCACGACGCCGGAAAUUUGAUUUUAAAAAAUUACCAAUAGCUGCUAGUUGAGGAUAAGAACUUAUCGAUGUAGUUUUAUUUUGAAAGGUGUUUACAGGAAGUAUCUAAGUUUUAUGUUUACUUGACUUUAUCAAAAUGAGGAGGAAACAAGCCCGGUAUGUCUACUUGAGCGAACACUGAAAAAGAGGGGGAGCUCGUUUGAGAACCGAACGGGUUGCGUUUAGCGCCGACUCGACAUGCCACAACACAAGGGCUGACUUUGCGUCAGAACAACCGUGUGUACAGCUCUCCACUCACACCGAGCGGCGCUAGUUUAGCAGCCACGCCCCGUGGACCAGCGACCGGAGAGCUCCCACCCCCCCGAAUACAACUGUUGGCGGCGAGGAAACGAGCCUGCUCUAUCGGGGAACCAUGAGGGAGUACAAAGUGGUGGUCCUCGGCUCCGGUGGAGUCGGGAAAUCCGCGCUGACCGUCCAGUUCGUGACGGGGUCUUUCAUUGAGAAGUACGACCCCACGAUAGAGGAUUUCUACCGGAAGGAGAUCGAGGUGGACUCCUCGCCGUCCGUGCUGGAGAUCCUUGACACGGCUGGUACCGAGCAGUUCGCCUCCAUGCGAGACUUGUACAUUAAAAACGGCCAGGGCUUCAUCCUGGUCUACAGCCUGGUCAACCAGCAGAGCUUCCAGGACAUCAAGCCCAUGCGGGACCAGAUUAUUCGGGUGAAACGGUACGAAAGGGUGCCUAUGAUCUUAGUGGGCAACAAAGUGGACUUAGAGGGGGAACGGGAGGUGUCGUCCGGCGAGGGUAAGGCAUUGGCGGACGAUUGGAACUGUCCUUUCAUGGAGACCUCAGCCAAGAACAAGACCUCGGUGGACGAGCUUUUCGCCGAGAUAGUCCGUCAGAUGAACUAUGCGUCCACGCCGAAUGGCGACGACCAGUGUUGUUCGUCCUGUGUCAUCCUGUAAAGGAAACUUCGGAUCGUUGUUCGCUUUUUUUGCAAUGUGUGUUGCAGCAAGUGUGUCUACUUGGCGUCUCAGCCUGGCCUCGGAGGGAAAAUGAAGCGGAAUGCUGCAGGGAACAAGAAGAAGAGGAAGAGAAGGAGGGGAGCAACUGAGUCGAAGAGGAGGGGUCCAUUCACUCUUCAGGAACUCUGCCGGGUCGGAGAAUCUUUGCAGUGUGGUUCAUAUCCACAGUUGAGGGCAAUACAACCGAAUCUUCCCACUUGGGAACUCAAAUCCCUCCUUCAAGGAAACGACACGGAAGACAUUCAAAGGCGAUUUGGGGGAAGAGAAAGACUGUGAAAAAAUUAUAUUUUGUUAAUAACCCCACUCAAUCCUGGACGAGUACAAAUUAAGAGGUUCUUUAUAAUUUUUUUGUUCCAAAGUCUAACAAGUUGGUGGUGGAAUAACGUGACAACUCUCAUUUUACCGGGGUGGCAAGGAGAUCAUGGCUGACUAGACGUGAGGACCACCACCUUGUGUCCAGUGCCUUUUUUGUCCCCUUACCCAACAUACUUCAGCUGUUUCUGUUCAGUGCCAACACACCUCAGCAGGGCGACACAAAUGUUAUGUUUAAGCAAUGGUGCUUUUCUGUGCAUUUGGGUCUUUUUUUUUCUUUCUUUUCCUUCCAGACAGUCGACAGUGUUUGGCACUGCGACCACUCUUGAAACGCACAGGUACUGGAACCUUUACAUUUAUAGAAGCGAACAGCUUCCAGACCUCUUCAAUCAAUGUUUUAUUUUGUAGACCAAGUUAUGAUGUACAGUAAAUGGUGUGGACAAAUCUAAUCCUGAUUGUAAGUUGAAUUUCAGACCAGCCUUUCAAAUGGCUGUCUGUUUUGAAAAAACAGAACUUUUAAUACAGAUGGCAUUUUUAAAGAAAAAAACCGUGUGUUCUAUUGUUUCAAUUGUAGUAUUCAAUAUUGAUCGACCUGCUUUAUUUGUUCAAACUUCAGAACACUUGAAGUGAUCAGGUUCCAAAUGUCACCGGAUAUGUUUUCACAGCUCUAUCAUCAUGAGGGGAUCCGAAGGCACGAAAAAGUCAGUAAACUUGCAUCAAUUUUUCAGCAGAGUGUGGAUUCGCGCAAUCCGCAGAUACACCUGCAGUGUUUGACAGUGAAGACAACAACCAGGGUUUUUUAUUUUUCCUGAUUUCGAAGCCUCAUUUUCAUGCUCCUCAUACUGUUCAAUCAUUCAAUUUCAAGAAAGUUGUAAAUACAGUGGUACCUCUGUAUACCAGGGAUGUCUCAGAAACUGGAGUUCGGUCAUAAACUAAAGACUACCCCCGUAAGUUAAAGUAAGGGGCAAAGGAUUCACCUUUAAUUAAGAUUUGAGUUACAUCAUCACAUUUUUCAAUCAAAAAUUGAAAGUAGUCUUAAAAGUUACACAAAAAGCUUAAAAAAGUAAAACAUGAUCAAUUCUUGAGUUAUGCCAAUGGGCUCGUGUAAAAUGCGGACUUUUUGAGUAAUAUUUUUGGCUGCUAGGUUUUUGUGUUGCCAAAAAGUAAAAUGCAUUUAAAAAUGUAAUUCUUUGAAGCAUGUUAAAAUGAAAUUUUUGCGAGCACACACACACAGAAAAAAAGUGCAAUUGUAACGUGACCUAGAGUUGCAAGAUUUACUUCUGAAAAUGUUGGUCAAAUUCCACAUGCAACUUUAAAAAUGUCUCCGGUUUCUAGUUUAACCAAUUCAGCAACAACAAUUCCUUCACCACCAUGUAAAUUGUGUGGUUUAUGCAUUGUUUUUAAAAUAUUAGAGGAAGUAAGGGCUCUUAAACCUUCCACUUCAUGAAAACAAGCCUCCGAUUGAUUUCAACCAUUGAAGUGUCCCUCUUCUGCUUGUGGUCCUGUUCGCAUGAGA